AUGUCGACGACCCACCACGCGCCAGGAGUGGAUGGCGACGGCCACGGUCAGGUUUCGCCGCCUGACAGCAAUGCGUCUCCGAAGCCCGAGAACGAGAAACACAUCGACGAGGCGCAUGGCGGCGGCGUCGACGCCGAGGAGGUGGCCAUGUCCCACCACGAAUACCGCCACAUUAUCCGCAAGCUCGACUGGGCUAUCAUCCCCUACUGCUCGCUGUUGUACCUGCUGUCCUUCCUCGACAGAGUCAACAUCGGCCAGGCUGCUGUCGCCGGGCUCAAAGGCGACUUGGGCAUCGUACAGGGCAAUGCCUACGCUAUUUCUCUCAGCGUCUUCUUCAUUGGCUACAUCGUCGUCGAGGUGCCGUCCAACCUGAUCCUGAAGGCGGUGAAGCCGCACCGCUGGAUCCCCAUUAUUAUGGUCGCCUGGGGUAUCAUCAUGACCCUCAUGGGCCUUGUGACGUCUGCUGGGGGCCUCCAAGCCGCACGAUUUUUUCUUGGGAUUGCCGAGGGCGGCCUGUUUCCUGGCAUCAACUUCAUGUUAACCUGCUGGUACGCUCGAAAGCAGCAAGCUUUGCGCGUCGGCAUCUUCUUCUCGGGCGCCACGCUGGCCGGUGCUUUCGGCGGUGUCCUCGCGUAUGGUCUCAAGUACAUUCCAUUUCCGUCGUGGGAGUCAUUUGGCGAUCUACCCAGUCAAAAGUUGGUGCCAACUCCAGGUGGAUGGAGAUGGAUCUUCAUCAUUGAAGGUCUUGUUACCUUGAUAGCGGCGAUACCGGGCUGGUGGCUGCUGGUAGACUUCCCAGCAGACGACAACAAGAUCCUGACCCCAGAAGAGACGAAGAAGUGGAACCACUUCCUGGCAAAGAGUCAGGGUGUAACCAACGCCAAUGUGCCCUUUUCGUGGGGUCAAGUUCGCACUGCAUUCGCCGACUAUCGCACCUAUAUGUACGCCAUCAUGUAUAUCUCCAUCGCUGAACCCCUGUACAGCCUGGCACUGUUCACGCCCACCAUCAUCGCCGACCUCGACUUCUCAGGCGCUUCAGCCAACCUGCUCUCAGUCCCACCGUACGUGCUUGGCUUCAUCACAACCAUGGCCUCGGCUUUUCUAGCGGAUCGAUUCAUUAUGCGAGGACCAUUCAUUCUCUUCUGGUCUUGCUUCGUCAUUGUGGGUUACGGCAUCCUGAUCUCCGACGUGUCAGCCGGCGUCAAGUACUUCGCCAUUUUCCUUACCGUUGCUGGCGUCUCGCCCAACAUUGCCCUAGCCAUCAGCUACGUCGGUGCAAAUUUUGGUCCGUUGUACGUCCGUGCGACCGUCAUGGGCUUCUUCUUCACGAUCGGCAACUCAGCCGGUCUCAUUUCCUCCAACAUCUACCCCACACCCGAAGCCCCCCGCUUCAUCAAAGGCCACGCCAUCAACCUGGGCUUCGCAGGCCUGACCUUCAUCAUGACAUCCCUCAUCAUGUUUGUGAAUUGGCGCGACAACCGCGCCCGUGACGCCAUCUCUUUCGCGCAUCCGGACGGCCGUGACGUUGAUCCCGCGCGUCUGGACGAGGAGCACGAGAAGGCUCGUUGGGGAUAUCAGAGCUUGUCAAGGGAUGAGCUCUUGAGGCUGGGCGAUAAGCAUAAGGGGUUCAGAUAUGUCAUCUGA